UUCCCUGAUGGAUUUACAUUCUUCUUUUCUUACAGCUCUGUUUUCUGCAUUUCUUGGGAUUAUAGGAACCUUUUGUGUUUAAAAUUCUUGUCUUGUUUUCUCCAGGUUGCUUUAAAUAGAAGGGGAAAAUAAACUGAGGAGCCACCAAAGCUUAUCUCACUCCUCGGAAUUGAUGCUCUGACCGUUUUUACCAUCUGUGCCCCUCUGAAAAUCUCCAGCUUUUAUCUUCACCAUCCACCUUUUGCAAUAGAGGAAAGCCCCCAAAGCUCUUUCUGCCCUUUUAAAAGAAUCCACCUCUGCAGCCAGACACCAAGCUUUAUUUCUGUGCCAAAGACAUGAAGCAUCGUCUGGGCUUCUUGCUGCAGAAGUCAGACUCCUGUGACUACGGCUUUUCCCAGGGCAAGAAGGAGAAAAUAUCUUCAAGCCAGAGGGUUAGCCAAGAGGAAGUCAGAAAGUGGGCGGACUCUUUGGAAAACUUGAUCCAUCAUGACAGAGGACUGGCUGCUUUCCGUGCCUUUCUCAAAUCUGAGUACAGUGAGGAAAACAUCGAGUUCUGGGUCAGUUGUGAGGACUACAAGAAAACCAAGUCACCGGCCAAGCUCAGCUCCAAGGCCAGAAAGAUCUAUGACGAGUUCAUCUCAGUGCAGGCAACAAAAGAGGUGAACCUGGAUUCAUGCACGCGGGAGAAGACAAGCCACAAUAUGCUGGAGCCUACACUGUCCUGCUUUGAUGAGGCUCAAAGGAAAAUAUUUACCCUCAUGGAAAAGGAUUCGUACCGCCGUUUCCUCAAGUCCCCCUACUACCUGGACUUGGUCAGCCCACCCGCUGCUGGCUGUGGGCCCGAAAACUGCAAAAGAAGCCACACUCACACCUUAGACUGCAACUCUAACAUCAUCUCCCAGUGUGCCUGAACCUGCAGCAAGGCAGGAGCAGGCAGGGCUCUUGCAAGAAUAUAUGGCAGCAAAAGCAUUCAUUGGCAUGAAGCAACAGAGCUGUCUCCAAUAGCUGUCUAAUGUCCCAAUUGUAUCCCAUGUCAUGCAACAGCCAGCAUUUGUAACCCAAGCCAGGUUCAGUCUCUGUAGCAAACCCUCCUCUGACUCCGUUGGUGUAGGAGCCCUGCAGUCUGUGUCUGACAGGAAAGCUGGGUGCAGUUCUUGCAUGUUUGCUGUGUUUCUGGCGAGCCCUGCAAGCCCAGGAGGGUGAUGGGGGAGUACAUGCUCAGUCAGACCCACCACUACCCACCAAGGGACCAGGCUGGCAGUCUCGCAGUGUGACACCUAGCAAAAGAGCAGG